CCUAAAAAUGAGAAACACAUACUUCUCUCUCCCUCAAUCUCUCUGGCAAUAACUCACGAGACUAAUCACAAAUCUCAAACCCUACAAUCGGCCCCCAGACAACAACACUUACCAUCUCAUCUCUAUAAUUCCACCUCCAUUACUCAACCACUCACUCUCGCACUCUCCGAACCCUAACUGCGAUUGUUGCAGAUGCCGCUCAUUCUUGGCGGUGAAUCAUUUUUUUGGGUAGAUUUGGGGCGGAAGAGAAAUGGGUUUGGGGGAUGAGGAGAAUGGAAAUGGGUUUGUUUCUGUUAAGGGGUUUUCGGAUGAUGAUUCGGCUAUUCGUGAGGCCAAGUCUUUUAAUGCUAUUCGAACUGCUUUCGAAAACCUCGAAGACAAGCUGGAGUUUCUCCAAGCAGAGGGGAUGGCACACACAUUCAAGCAGAGAAUCGCUCAAGCUGAAGCCAUGGCCCGUGCUGACAUGCUAAGAUUUUAGCCUGAGGCAUUGCUAUUAAACUUGUGUUUGUUUUAG